AUGGGGGGAUCCACAGACCCCAUGGGGGCCCUCACUGAGGUGUGGCCCCACAGUGAGGAGGAGCUGACGCUCACACGGGAGAACUCCAUCCGCCGCCUGCACUCCAGUCACAGCACCGACACGCGCACCCAGCUGGAGGAGACGCUGCAGCUGCGCACGGAGAGCCGGCAGGGCAGCCUGCGAGGGGACAGCCUGCGAGGGGACAGCCUGCGAGGCACCAGCAUCUGCUCUGCGAUGAGUGAAGAGGCCGAGGGCCGCAGCUACUCCACCCUGUCCACGGUGCGGGAGAUCGAGACGCAGACCGAAGUCCCCGUGUCCCCACUGCUGUCCCCAUCCCUGGAGGGCAAAGAGGUGAAGGAGGAGGAGGAGGACGGUGGGGACAACCCCAUCAAGCAGGCAAUGACGCACUUUGUGCAGGAGAAUGGCAUGCUGCAGGCACGGCCCAGCACCAACGGCAUCUACAUCAACGGGCGCGGGCACCUGGUGUGAGCGGGGACACGGGGCCGAGGGGGGGGACAUUGACACGCCGCCGUCCCCUCCCUGCCACCCCGGCGU